GGCGUGGCGCUGCCGCCGGCGGCGCGCACUCCGCAGUCGAGGACUGACCGUCGCGAGUUUUGGACGAACGAUCACAGUUAGCAAGCAGCAACCAUGGUGUACGAGAGUGACUUCUACACGACGCGCCGCCCUUACCGGCCCGCCUCCAGCUUCAGCGUGUCGCCGUGGAGUUCGUACUACUACCUCUCAUCCUAUGCACCGUAUUACCACUACCAUAUCCCGUAUGUCACGUACAUACCCAGGCUGUCUCAGGCGGAGCUGAUAUACCGUCCAUCUCGUACGAUCACCCGACUCGCCACGUACCCUGAGGCGCCCCAUCACGUGGUUCGCGUCCGCGUGCGUCCCUCCGUGAUAUUGAGGGAACUCGACCGCAUCGCGUAUCGCCACCGUCCGACCUACUCUGUCUCUGCUUUGGACGAUUACUACAGAUCGGAAUCUACAAAGGCUUUCGAGGAUGAAACUCGUCGCAUCCGCGCCGAUACUGCCUCUCUGCUUCAUCGUGCUCGUUCGGUUGUACCGCGAGCAAAAACCGUUGCACCUUUGGAUACAAUUUACUCAUAUUCCUACGGAGAGCCAAUUCCCUACCGCUUCAGCAAUGACGCGUACAUCGCUAAACUUUUGCUGCCUCUGCGUAGUGUUACUGACCACAUUCACAAUAUUUCCUUUUACUCAGAGCCAGCCAAAAAGUUUACAGGACGCGGCCACCUCGCGUGCGUGCACUAUUCCGGUAAAAGGGGAUUCCCCAACCGCUACCCACUCUACAAGGAACUUAGCAUCAGGGACGACGUGAACCUUCUUUCGUUUUACGCGAAGAAUAGACUUGCGGCCGCGGGUUUGGCCGACGAAACGGUCACAGUGAAACUCCUCCCCUGGAGACCGAGCCGCAAGUUCCAGGCGCCCUCGAUGAUGGAAGACCCUGAACUCGAGUUGAAAGCUGCGAAGGCAGACCGGGAGGCUAGGUUCCGUGCAACCACCGCUGAGCCAGUUCUCGCUCCAUCUGCUGAUUUGGCUGAAAUCAAGAGGAAACGACAAGCCGAAGCGCGACUUGCUGAAGAGAAAGCUUUGAAAGAAGAAGCAAAACGCGAAGCUGAACGCAAAGCUCAGGCUGAACGCGAAGUAGCAGAAAAGAAGAGACAAGAAGAAGAAGCUCGAAGAGCUGAAGAAUUGAAACUUCAAGCGGAGGAAGAAGCAAGGAGAGCCGAAGAAGCUAAAAUAGCAGAAGAAGAAGCACAGAAAGCAGCAGAAGAAGCUGCCAGAAAAGCUGAAGACGAUCGUUUAGCAGAGGAAGCUAGGCUAGCCGAAGAAGCUCACAAAGCGGAAGAGAAAAGGCUUGCAAAAGAAGCUCGUUUAGCCGAGGAAGCCAGAUUAGCAGAAGAAGCAAGGAUAGCGGAGGAAGCACGAUUAGCUGAGGAAGCUAAAUUAGCAGAGGAGGCAAGAUUAGAGGAAGAGAGAUUGGCUGAACAAAUGAGACAAGAAGAACUAGCCAAAUUGGAAGAGCUAGAACGUCAGGCCCAAGAGGAACGAGAAGCUGAACUUGCAAGACAGGCGGCUGAAUUAGCAGAGAUAGCAAGACAAGAAUCUGAACUUGCUGCUGCGCGUUUAGAAGAACUUUCACACAGCGGUUCUGCUGGGGACAACACCGCUGAAGUCGAAUCAAGCGAGCAACCUGCCGAUGAACCCCUUGUCGAGGAACCUGAAAGUCCUUUAGACAAUCCAGAAGCAGCUGCAGAAUCACAAGAUGCUGUCGAAGUCAGCGAAGACGAAAUGGCGGAACCUGAUGUCACAGAUGAAGAAUAAAAUCAUUUUGAGCGUGACCUCGAUUUUGUAAUCUAACAUUUUCUAUAGUAACAAAAUAAUAACUUUCAACUAUUUCAUAGGUUUAGGUACUAUAUCUGAUUACAUUAAGGAUGUAGUCGGAAGAAAAAUUGCAUCUACCACAGUUCUGAAUAUAAGUACAUGAAAAUAAUUAUACUUACUUAAUAGACUGGAACAUUUCAUUCACAUUUCAUUUUCUAGUGCAUUUUUAAUAUAAAUAAUAUAUAUAAAUGUUGCAGUUAAAACCUGUUUCAACUAGUAAAAACUAGUUUUAACUACAUCUCUUUGCAUAACUAUCUAUUUUUAUUUAAUAAAAACCAGUUCUGGCUGAAAUUUCCUUUGGUACUAAUUUGUAUUAGUAAAAACUAGAAUUUUAAUUAGUCACAUAUUCUAAUUAAUUAAUUUGUUGACUGAUUGAGUAAUAAGCUGACUAGGCUACGCCAGAAGUGAACUACGCUGGAAGCUCAAGCUUUA